CGUGAUUAUACGUCACUAUUUCCUAUUUCGACGCGUCGUCCGUCGGUUCCUUGUGAGUGCUUGUUUCUGUCUGGGCGCUUGACGCAGACGGACCGCAGCACCAUGGCGGCGGCGGCGGGCGGAGACGCGGCGGUGAACGUGAGAGACGAAGAAGAAGAAAACAAGCGACACUUGUUUCAAGGUGCAGCGUUCCUGGCCGCGGUGGCGUCCGCGGGGAUGUUGGCAGGAUUCAGCUCCACGUUGGCGUUGGCCAAGAAGAAAAGCCCCGACUGGUUCGACAAGGGGGUUGUGUCGACGGCGGCGGCCCCGGAGAGCGGAGCGUCUCUCGCCCUCAGAGCUCUGGGCCGCGGCUCCGUGUUCGCCUGCUGCGGCGUCGGUCUGCUCAGCGCCGCCGUGUGGAAACUGCUCGGCGUUCACACGUUGGUGGAGUUCCGACAGAAGAUGCAGUCCAUCCUCCCGUCCAUCCCCAAGUCCGCCGAGGCCGGAUCAGAACCUGUGGACUGGGACUCGGUCUUCAAGUCAAAGUGACGUUGACCAAUCACACGAGACCAGAGGAAAGAUUGUGGGAGGAGACUGGGCAGCUGUUUGUGGUCCUGGUCCUGGUCCAGGUCUGAACUGCAAAUUCGAAUUUUGUUUCAAUUUUCCAGAUUAUUUUAAUCCCGAGUGUCAGAACCACAGGAACAAUAACGAGACAUCGAGAAAUGUUAUGAGGGAAAAGUAGCAAAAUUGCAAAAACGAGUCGACUGAUGGUGAAUAAAGUUUAUUCAAAAGUCACAUCGGUGGAAAACGACCUGCCGACAAGUGUUUGUGUGUGUGUGUACACAUCUGAUUAUCUUAUUGAUAGUUUGGUUCGUAAGUUUCCUGUCAAACAAAUAUUUAUAAAAUUAAUAUCAUUAAAAGACAAAAACAACAAA